AUGAUCACUGUCACUGUGUCAGCCACCCUGGGCUGGCGCCAUUGGCUGCAAUGUCACUGGGGUCCUGUAUUUUACGGAAGUGACAAUCGUCCGUUGCAUGAGGUUGGCACCCUAGAGUUUCUUGGCGUUGGCACCAUUAAGCGCCCGCGAAGUGACCCUGGUGUAACACCGCAAUCCAAUAUUGUUUCCUGCAAGUCAAUAACGUCGAAGACGUCAUUUGUCCUGAAGUUUGUCGACAUUGCUGCCUUUUUGCAUCCAUCAGAAAGGAAAGCGCCGAGAAUAUGUGCUAAAUUUAGUCAGGCUUCGUUGGGGGCGAAAUUGGCGCUUUUCAAGGUUCGAGUAUUCCGCAACAUGGGGAAUCUGCAUGGGCUUCCGGCUACAAAGCUUAACUCAAAUCAUGGACGGGGGCGUGGCUUGCCUGUGAAAUCGAAAACGCACCAAGGCAAAUCUGAAACGCCCAGGGGUCUUGGAGAUCCUCACCACGCCGAACAGAAGAGCCAAACUACCCGCGAUGGACCCGCGGAGAGGGGCGGACGGGAAGCGCGUUGGCCCCCACUUUCAUCUCCGGCGGACUACCCGCUGCGAAUGGGUGUGGCUUGCCUACUUGGAGCAGGACCAGUCGCCCACAAGCAGAGAAGAAGCAAUUACGGCAAAGGGUCUGGAGUCUUACGCCCUUUCUUUGGCGAGGGACGAGAUUCUGCACUCACUCGCUGCGGCCUGCACCAGCCCACCUCGCAACCUACGACGCCGAAGAAAACCAACGGACAGGCGGCCCCUUCUUUUAAAUUGAAAUUUCAAGUGACCCUGAGCUCCAGGGCUCCGCAACUCAACCCAAUUCCCCAUCUUCAUCCCCAUCAUGGUGCUCCUUCUCAAUAG